AUGAGUGGAGCAACUGAGAAACUUUUUGAACUGCUGGACAAGGUAGGAUGUGAGUCGCAAUAUGUGACAACGGAGUCACUCCGGGAGGCGUGCAUGCGAGUCCAACAAAUGUCAAAUGUUUUGUCUGCACGACGGCGUUACAAUUUGUAUUGUGGGCUUCUAUUACACAAGCAGAGGAAAUAUGGGACAAUAUCGUUUGCCAAGUACGCGUCUGCUGCGGAUAAUAUUCAACACUCCACUCUUGUGCAGUUGAAGGAAACGUUGGGAAGCAAAAACAAGAGGUGGGAAGAUGCCGAGUUGCAGGGUUUCAUGUACCAUUUCACGAAUGAAACAAAGUGUGCGUUUGAUCAGCGAAUUGCACCCAUUGCCACAGCAUUAGCUUCUGUUGUUGCCGCUGCAGAUUUGCCCUCUGAGUCGGAGACGCUGAGCAUGUUUUUCUUUCUGUUAGAAGCGUUUUGUAAAGAGUUUGUGGCACCUGAAUCUUCCUCCCUGUAUGGUGACGCACUUAUAGCAUUAUUCCGUCUUCUACUUCAGUACCACGAUCCCCAGUUGUCUCUUCAUCUUGGGCAGCAUCUGAUUGAUAUCGGUGCUUAUAUUUUCCGUUGGGCGCGGCGUCUCUUUGUAAUGGGCGGUAAUUCUGAAUCGGCUGUGCAGGUGUGGGAUUGGCUGUUAGUAACAGGUGAUGCUACAUACACAGUGUAUUUUAUACUGGCAUAUCUAAUUUCCUGCCGUAAACGCUUCCUGAAUCUGAACACGAAGAAGGAACUGGAGAUGGCAAUGGAGUCAAUUAUCUUUCAACUGCCCGUGUCUGGUGAUAACAACGUCAGUUUUCAGCCUCAUGGUUGUGUGUCGGCGGCUCUUGUACCACUUUCUUCUGGAGGUGCGUUGGUGCAAAAUGCAGAUGUUGUGCGGCGAAAUACACCGCGUGUCACACGGCACGUGAUUAGAACACUGCUGUACCCUGGUAAUUUUGGUAGAGGGCAGCCAAGUAGCAUCCAAAAGACACCGCAAGCACUUGCAGAGUAUUACUCGUCAUUUGCGGCCCUUCCAUUAGAGCGCGGUGACUAUCUAGAAUCAUUUACGACUACAACAUCUGAACCUUCUGAAUGCCCGCCCAUAAACUACACCAUUGUGGAUUGCCGGGCUCGCGUUAGUUUCGAUGCCGCCCGAUUGCCCGCUGCAGUUCAUGCAGGAGACGAUAUUGGCUUCGAUACGGAAAAGAUCAACAAACUGGUGUUAACACUCUCGACGACACGCGGAGGGCACCUCUGUGUGUUUGGCACUGGGCGGCAAAUAACAGAGGAGAUCAAUUUAUUGAAUGUAGUAACGCUCCGUUUGGUUCAUGGCGGGCUCCCAUAUGUGAGUAGCGGCCGCUUUCGCACUGUCAUUUCAUUGAUGAAAACUAAUGAAAUCACGAUGGUGAAGACAACUGCUAACGGUGAAACCACCGUGUUGUUGAGUGGCUCGGGCACAUUUCGAAACAAUGUUCUCGCGAAACUCGUGCCUCGUGUGGACUUUGAUGGAACUGAGGCGCGGCGAAAGGCUGAGGAAAUUAGCAACAAAGCGAAGGAACAGGUUGAAGCUGUUAAAACAUGGGGAAUGGGGUUGUUCAAACGUGUUAGUGAGCGACUGAAGCCAAGAGGUGGUGUCGAAACCAUAAAUACGACGGCAACUUUUGGAGAAUCCGGUACGGCGGCGUCGUUACCAGCGCAGUUGGUGAAGAGCUGCCAGUCGCAACCCGCAUAUUUGACAUCUGCAAAAGCUGAAUCAGUCAAGGAGUUCAAAGACUCCGCUCCUCGCCAGAACGCUUUCUCUUUAGGAGGUGAUGAUACCGGCAGCGACGAUGAAUUUGAUCUUAUCACGAGUGUUGCGGCUUACAAGGGACCCUCUUACAAGCAGGAGCCGAAGGUCGAAAAUUUGGGGGAGACGACGAACUCUUCUCCCUUGAUAACUGGUGGUGGGUCCGAAACAUUUUUGUUGACUACAACUGCAGUACCAACAGAUACGGCGACUGUGGAUUUAUCAGCCACAGCUGCCGGUGAUACCCGUGAUGUUGGAAUGGAGAUUGACAGGGAAUUUGAGGAACUCUUUGGAGGUUCUUCGUAG